AUGAAUAGUAGUCAAGAUUCAAUUCAAAAUCAACCACCAUUGAAAAAACAAAAACAAAAUCCAUCAUCACAACAAUCUAUAUCAAAAGAAGAACAAUUUCAAUUUUCUCAAGUAUUUAAUUCUUCAUCAACAAAUUCAUCAACAUCAGAACAAGAAUAUAAAUCAAUAAUUAUUAAAAAAGGUGAUAAAAUUCAAAAAAAAAUUUCUAAAUUAUUAAAAAUUUUAAUUGAAGAAAAAAAUUCAAUAAUUUUAAUGAGUUCAGGUGAAAAUUUACAAAAAUUAUCAUCAAUUAUUGAAAUUUUAAAAUUAAAAUUAAGAGAAUUUUAUAAUACAAAUGAAGGUAUAGAUUUUAAAUUUGAACAAUUUAAUAAAUUAGAUUUUUAUGAAACUUCAACUAAAAAAAAUGAAAUUUUAGAUAAAACUUUAAAAGUUCCUGUUUUAUAUACAAUGAUUCGUUCUAUAAAUCCUAAUCAAGAUGGAUUUAAUGAUUGGACUAGACAAUUGGUGUGA